AUGUGCCUGAACCUAGAGAGGAAGAGAGGAGCCGCUGUCAGGCACGUGAGCCUGAACCAAGAGAGGAUGAGAGGAGACGCCGACAGCCACGUGAGCCCGAACCAAGGGAGGAUGAGAGGAACCGCCGAGAGACACUUGAACCUCAACCGAGAGAGGAGAAGAGGAGCCGCCAUCAACCACAUGAGCCUGAACCAAGAGAGGAUGAGAGGAGCCGCCAACAGCCACGUGAGCCUGAACCAAGGGAGGAGAGGAGCCACCAUCAGCAAUAUGAGCCAGAACCUAGAGAGGAUGAGGGGAGCCGCUGUCAGCCACCCACAUGAACCUCAACCGAGAGAGGAGGAGAGGAGCCGCCGUCAACCACGUGAGCCUGAACCAAGAGAGGAUGAGAGGAGCCGCCGACAGCCACAUGAGCCCGAACCACGGGAGGAGAGGAGCCGCCGUCAGCAAUAUGAGCCAGAACCUAGAGAGGAUGAGGGGAGCCGCUGUCAGCCACGUGAGCCUGAACCUAGAGAGGAUGAGGUGAACGGCCGACAGCCACGUGAACCACAACCAAGAGAGGAAGAGAGGAGCCGCAUUCAGCCACGUGAGCCUGAACCAAGAGAAGAUGUCAGGAGCUGCCAUCAGACCUGUGAGCCUGAACCAAGAGAGGAUGAGAGGAGCCGCCAACAGCCACGUAAGCCUGAAAGAAGAGAGGAUGAGAGGAGCCGUCAACAGCCACGUGAGCCCGAACCAAGGGAGGAGAGGAGCCGCUGUCAGCAAUAUGAGCCAGAAACUAAAAAGGAAGAGAGGAGACGCCGACAGCCACGUGAGCCUGAACCAAGAGAGGAUGAGAGGAACCGCCGACAGCCACGUGAACAUCAACUGAGAGAGGAGGAGAGGAGCCACCGUCAACCACGUGAGCCUGAACCAAGAGAGGAUGAGAGGAACCGCCGACAGCCACGUGAGCCCGAACCAAGGGAGGAGAGGAGCCGCCGUCAGCAAUAUGAGCCAGAACCUAGAGAGGAUGAGGGGAGCCGCCAUCAGCCACGUGAACCUCAACUGAGAGAGGAGGAGAGGAGCCGCCAUCAGCUACGUGAGCCUGAACCAAGAGAGGAUGAGAGGAGCCACCGACAGCCACGUGAGCCUGAACCAAGGGAGGAGAGGAGCCACCAUCAGCAAUAUGAGCCAGAACCUAGAGAGGAUGAGGGGAGCCACUGUCAGCCACGUGAGCCUGAACCAAGAGAGGAUGAGGUGAACCGCCAACAGCCACGUGAACCUCAACCGAGAGAGGAGGAGAGGAGCCGCCGUCAACCACGUGAGCCUGAACCAAGAGAGGAUGAGAGGAGCCGCCGACAGCCACAUGAGCCCGAACCACGGGAGGAGAGGAGCCGCCGUCAGCAAUAUGAGCCAGAACCUAGAGAGGAUAAGGGGAGCCGCUGUCAGCCACGUGAGCCUGAACCUAGAGAGGAUGAGGUGAACGGCCGACAGCCACGUGAACCACAACCAAGAGAGGAAGAGAGGAGCCGCAUUCAGCCACGUGAGCCUGAACCAAGAGAAGAUGUCAGGAGCUGCCAUCAGACCUGUGAGCCUGAACCAAGAGAGGAUGAGAGGAGCCGCCGACAGCCACGUAAGCCUGAAAGAAGAGAGGAUGAGAGGAGCCGUCAACAGCCACGUGAGCCCGAACCAAGGGAGGAGAGGAGCCGCUGUCAGCAAUAUGAGCCAGAAACUAGAAAGGAAGAGAGGAGACGCCGACAGCCACGUGAGCCUGAACCAAGAGAGGAUGAGAGGAACCGCCGACAGCCACGUGAACCUCAACUGAGAGAGGAGGAGAGGAGCCGCCGUCAACCACGUGAGCCUGAACCAAGAGAGGAUGAGAGGAACCGCCGACAGCCACGUGAGCCCGAACCAAGGGAGGAGAGGAGCCGCCGUCAGCAAUAUGAGCCAGAACCUAGAGAGGAUGAGGGGAGCCGCCAUCAGCCACGUGAACCUCAACUGAGAGAGGAGGAGAGGAGCUGCCAUCAGCUACGUGAGCCUGAGCUUAGAGAGGAUGGGAGAAGCCGCCAACAGCCAAGUGAGCCCGAACCAAGGGAGGAGAGAAACCGCCGUCAGCAAUAUGAGCCAGAACCUAGAGAGGAUGAAGGGAGCCGCCGUCAGCCCCGUGAUCCUGAACCAAGAGAGGAUGAGAGGAACCGUCGACAGCCAUGUGAACCUCAACCGAGAGAAGAGGAGAGGAGCCGCCAUCAGCUACGUGAGCCUGAACUUAGAGAGGAUGAGAGAAGCCGCCAACAGCCACCUGAGCCCGAACCAAGGGAGGAGAGGAGCCGCCUUCAGCCACGUGAGCCUCAACCUAGAAAGGAAGGAAGGAGACGCCAUCAGCCACAUGAGCCUGAACCAAGAGAGGAUGAGAGGAACCGCCAACAGCCACGUGAACCUCUAAUGAGAGAGGAGGAGAGGAGCCGCCGUCAACCACAUGAGCCUGAACCAAGAGAGGAUGAGCGGAGCCGCCGACAGCCAUGUGAGCCUGAACCAAGAGAGGAUGAGGGGAGCCGCCGACAGCCACGUGAACCUCAAAUGAGAGAGGAGGAGAGGAGCCGCCGUCAACCACAUGAGCCUGAACCAAGAGAGGAUGAGAGGAGACGCCGACAGCCACGUGAGCCUGAACCAAGAGAGGAUGAGAGGAGACGCCGACAGCCACGUGAGCCCGAACCAAGGGAGGAGAGGAGCCGCCGUCAGCAAUAUGAGCCAGAACCUAGAGAGGAUGAGGGGAGCCGCCAUCAGCCACGUGAACCUCAACUGAGAGAGGAGGAGAGGAGCCGCCGUCAACCACAUGAGUCUGAACCAAGAGAGGAUGAGAGGAGACGCCGACAGCCACGUGAGCCCGAACCAAGGGAGGAGAGGAGCCGCCAUCAGCAAUAUGAGCCAGAACCUAGAGAGGAUGAGGGGAGCCGCCAUCAGCCACGUGAACCUCAACUGAGAGAGGAGGAGAGGAGCCGCCAUCAGUUACGUGAGCCUGAGCUUAGAGAGGAUGGGAGAAGCCGCCAACAGCCAACAGAGCCCGAACCAAGGGAGGAGAGGAGCCACCGUAAGCAAUAUGAGCCAGAACCUAGAGAGGAUGAGGGGAGCUGCCAUCAGCCACGUGAACCGCAACUGAGAGACGAGGAGAGGAGCCGCCGUCAACCACAUGAGCCUGAACCAAGAGAGGAUGAGAGGAACCGCCGACAGCCACAGGAUGAGAGGAGCCGCCGACAGCCACGUGAGCCCGAACCAAGGGAGGAGAGGAGCCGCCAUCAGCAAUAUGAGCCAGAACCUAGAGAGGAUGAGGGGAGCCGCCAUCAGCCACGUGAACCUCUACUGAGAGAGGAGGAGAGGAGCCGCCAUCAGUUACGUGAGCCUGAACCAAGAGAGGAUGGGAGAAGCCGCCAACAGCCAAGUGAGCCCGAACCAAGGGAGGAGAGGAGCCGCCGUCAGCAAUAUGAGCCAGAACCUAGAGAGGAUGAGGGGAGCUGCCAUCAGCCACGUGAACCUCAACUGAGAGACGAGGAGAGGAGCCGCCGUCAACCACAUGAGCCUGAACCAAGAGAGGAUGAGAGGAGCCGACGACAGCCACGUGAGCCCGAACCAAGGGAGGAGAGGAGCCGCCGUCAGCAAUAUGAGCCAGAACCUAGAGAGGAUGAGGGGAGCCGCCAUCAGCCACGUGAACCUCAACUGAGAGAGGAGGAGAGGAGCCGCCGUCAACCACAUGAGCCUGAACCAAGAGAGGAUGAGAGGAGACGCCGACAGCCACAUGAGCCCGAACCAAGAGAGGAUGAGAGGAACCGCCGACAGCCACGUGAGCCCGAACCAAGGGAGGAGAGGAGCCGCCAUCAGCAAUAUGAGCCAGAACCUAGAGAGGAUGAGGGGAGCCGCCAUCAGCCACGUGAACCUCAACUGAGAGAGGAGGAGAGGAGCCGCCAUCAGUUACAUGAGCCUGAGCUUAGAGAGGAUGGGAGAAGCCGCCAACAGCCAACUGAGCCCGAACCAAGGGAGGAGAGGAGCCGCCGUAAGCAAUAUGAGCCAGAACCUAGAGAGGAUGAGGGGAGCUGCCAUCAGCCACGUGAACCGCAACUGAGAGACGAGGAGAGGAGCCGCCGUCAACCACAUGAGCCUGAACCAAGAGAGGAUGAGAGGAGCCGCCGACAGCCACGUGAGCCCGAACCAAGGGAGGAGAGGAGCCGCCAUCAGCAAUAUGAGCCAGAACCUAGAGAGGAUGAGGGGAGCCGCCAUCAGCCACGUGAACCUCAACUGAGAGAGGAGGAGAGGAGUCGCCGUCAACCACAUGAGCCUGAACCAAGAGAGGAUGAGGGGCCGCGCGGGACAUGA